AUGUAUCCUAUUAUAUGCAAAAGUUUACCCAGCAGCUUCAUGCUGCUUUUACUACUAGUGACUUCGGUGUCAUGUCUCUUUACUGGCCCAGCUGAGGUUGUAAAGCGGCUUGAUUCCACGCCAGCAGCUCCUGAAAAUGUCAUUCAGGAAGAUUCAGACCCAGAAACUGCAUUCAUGGCUAUUUACCGCUACGGCUAUGCUCAGGACGGGCCAAGGACACGUUGGAAAGAGGCAGGUAUAAUAGCUCGUACAAAUAUUUGGACAGAGUGGACGCCUGUAACUUGCUGCAUUGAGCGCACUGAAGGUAUGAGAACCUUGCGCGGUAACUAUGCUAUCAACGCCACAUGGUCGUGGGGGAGUGUGUCUGUAGAAAUGGAGUUCCCUGAUGUGGAGGCCAUUUUGGGUGCGUCAGUUCGCAGAAUUGUAUCCGAGGCUUCGAGCAUGAUUUGUGGCGUUACUAGAGCUGGCGCUAUUGUGCAGAUUCAGGUCCAGAUCGAAAUGGCGAAGGCAUCUUUCAGUUUGCGUGACUGCUCCCAAGAUGCCACGGGCGUUCAGUGCACACCAUGGUCGGACGAACUUUCUGUUAGUGCACCAACGGGUGGUAUAACCGCAUCCUGCCGCGAAGUGAGUAACAUGCAGUCGUCAUCUUGUAAGAUACCUGGCCUACUAUGCGAGUUUACUGCACUUGGUGACCCGCUUUACCAGACGACUACAUCCGUUUAG